UCCUUUACCACCUCAUUACCUUCAACAUGAUCUCCAAGCCAUCUCGACGAGUGGCCGUAGGUCUUCUCGCCAGCAGCGCUCUCGUCGCCGCCGGACCUUGCGACAUCUACGCCUCAGGAGGAACACCCUGCGUCGCCGCCCACGGCAUCACACGAGCCCUAUACAACAGCUACAACGGCGCUCUCUAUCAAGUCCAACGCUCCGACGGCUCCAAGACCGACAUCAAACCGGUAUCCGCCGGCGGCGUCGCCAACGCCGCUGCUCACGACUCCUUCUGCGGCGGCCAGACCUGCACGAUCGCAACCAUCUACGACCAGUCCGGACGUGGCAACCACCUCACUCCAGGUCCACCAGGAGGCGCAUCCAAGCAGUUCGACAACCCCGGCACCGCCACUCCCGUCCACCUGAACGGCGCAAAAGCCUACGGCGUCUUCAUCCCUCCCAAAGCCGGAUACCGCAACGACCGACCCAACGGCAUCGCCACCGGCGACCAGUCCCAGGGCAUGUACGCCAUCUUUGACGGCACGCAUUACAACGGACAGUGCUGCUUCGACUACGGCAACGCCGAGACCAACAACCAAGACACCGGCAACGGCCACAUGGAGGCCAUCUACUUCGGCAGCUGUACCUUCUGGGGUAGAGGCGCCGGCAACGGACCCUGGAUCAUGGCGGAUCUGGAGAAUGGAGUUUUCGCGGGCCAGAGUUUCGCGCCGAAUAACAACAAUCCGUCGAUUAGCCACCGCUUCGUGACGGCGAUUGUCAAGGGCCAGCCGGGCAGCUGGGCUAUUCGUGGUGGAGACUCCACUGCUGGCGGGGUCUCUACCUUCUACAAUGGACAACGACCGAGUCCUGGCUAUAACCCGAUGAAGAAGGAGGGCGCUAUUAUCCUCGGUAUUGGAGGAGACAACUCGAACUCCGCGCAAGGAACUUUCUAUGAAGGGUGCAUGACAAGCGGAUUCCCUUCUGAUAGCACCGAGAACGCUGUGCAAGCAAACAUCGUCGCUGCGAGGUACUCCACCUGA